GAGGGCCGUGGGGUCAAGCGCUUGCACAGGGUGACGCCCGAGUCCGAGGUGAAGCUCGAGGAGACCGCUGACAAGAAGGGAUGGUCGAGUACGGGCUGGGUCACUGGCACUGGCUCCCACAUAAAGGCUUCCGAGGAGUACACCGUGGAGUUCGCCGCUGCGAUCGCAGCGGCAGUCGUAGCUGGAUUGAGCUACGUGCAU